UAAAGUGUGUGCAAUUCAGUGGGGCUUAUCAUUCGUGGGUAAUGGGUCGUGAGGACGAGGAGUUUGGUCUCGUAGUAAUAGGUGCAGGUCUGGGUCGUACUGGUACCAAUAGUUUAAAAAUUGCUCUAGAGUUGCUUUAUAAAAAGCCCUGCUAUCACUUAAAGGAAAUAUACUUGCAUCAACAUUCACACAUCACGAAAUGGAUGGAACUUGAUAGGAAAUUGAGUGAUUCGCCGGAUAAAAAACUCGAUAAAGCUCUGUGUCAUAAAAUUUUCAAAGGAUACACGGCUGCCAUUGAUCACCCUUCAUGUGCAUACUACAAGGAGUUAUUAGAACUUUAUCCUAAUGCAAAAGUUAUUUUAACUGUCCGUGAUCCUGAAAUAUGGUUAGCUGGUUGUCGUUCCACUAUAUUACCUAAAGAUAUAGAUCAACCACGUUCAUGGUCAUUUCAACUUUUAAGAAAAUGUAUCGGUUUACAACAAUUUCAUGAAUUAUUUCUUAUGAAUUGUAGACGUGUAUUUGGUGAGAAUAUGGAUUUUACCGAUGAUACAGCUAUGUUGAAUGGUUUUGUUAAUUGGAAUCAAAAUGUCAUAAAAACUGUACCAUCUGAACGUUUAUUAAAAUUUGACAUAAGUCAAGGUUGGGAACCAUUAUGUAAAUUUCUUAAUUUACCAAUACCGAAUUGUCCAUUUCCUCAUGUAAAUGAAUAUAAUGAAUUAAGACGUUUAUUAAAAUUAGAGCAACGUGUACUAAAAUUUUCACAAUGGAUUUUACCCAUGUUAAUAUUGUUUAUUUUUGCUUAUAUGUUUUGUAAAUUUUUACUCUAAACCAAUCUACCUAACUAACUUUAUGAAAAACAACAUCAGGUAAACUUAUUUCAGCAUGGAAAUAAGCCUAGUUUUUUUUUUCAUUGUGUUUAAUCGUUACCUCUCUUUUGUGUUACUGUUAUUGUUGUUAUCUAUCAUCAUUAUUUUGAAAUUUAUGAGUAAGUCGUAUUCUGUGUCUUCCUUUUUUGAUGUUUAUUUAAUCUCCUUUUUUUGUUUAUCAGGAUGUAAUGAACUUAUUUGUUAAUGAAAGAAAGAUUUUGUUAUCAUCACAGUUGAUUUGUUUGUAUGUAUGUAGGUGUGUGUAUGAGUGUGGGUGCAUGUAGAGUUUGUUGAUAAAUGCACAUAAACACAUUCCACACAUUCAUAAAUUCUGUGUGUAUUUUUCAAUCGACAUUGUUUUUGUGCUGCACAUUGUAUCCUGUCAAAGUUAUUCUUACGAAAUUCGAUCCCUUGUAACAACUGUUGGUAAUUGUCUUUCUUUUUCUGAAUUGAUCAUUUAUAUUUCAAAACGGGGUUUCCUUAACUUUGUUUUAAAGAGAUUAUGAAAUAAUUACUGAUUCAUGAUUAUAGCAUGAGUUAAUGGGUUUAUUCAUGUAUUGUCCUUUUCUAAGUUUAUUGCUCAGGAUCAUUUCUCUUUUUUUCCCCGUGUUAUAUAACUAUGUAAUUACAAAUUGUACUCAGUUUGCGUGAUUUUGAUUGUUUUUUUUAUUUUAAAAAAAGUAUAAUGAUUUGUGUAUAAACCCUUUUCAUUAUCAUCGUUCGGAUAUAAUUUUACUUAAUGUGAUGCAUAAAUCUACUUAACUGAUCAA